AUGAACAAGAUCACGGUGUACGAGCGUGCUGACUUCGAGGGGUUGAGUCGUGAGUUCACCUGCGACGUGCCCGACCUGCAUGAACUGGAUUUCGGUGACUGCAUCGCCUCGCUGAAGGUGGUGGGGCAGCCCUGGAUCGCUUACACUCAGCCCAAGUACGAGGGCGAGCCGCACGUCUUCGAGGAGGGUGAGUACACGGCUGUGGAGCGGCCCAACAGCUUCUCGGCGCUGCGCCUGGUGCACCACGACCUGCUGGACCCACAGAUCACCCUCUACGAGCGGCCCCACCUGCAGGGCGCCUGCAAGGUGGUCAGCGAGGAGACCAACUUGGCGUACGGGUACUUCAAUGACCGCGUGGCCUCACACGUGGUGCAGCGCGGGGUCUGGCUGCUCUACCAGCACCCCAACCGCGGUGGCUGGCACUGCUUGGCGUGGCCCGGGGAGCGCGUGGACGACUAUGGGGCGCAGCUGCACUUCCAGGCCCGGCUGUCCCACCUGCGCCCGCUGCGGCCCGGACGCCCCACGGUCACCGCACAGCUCCUGUGGGACCAGAAACGCAUAGAGGCAGAGCGGGAGGUGCUGGUGGAUGAGAUCGUGGGGGUGAAUGAGACCGAAUCGGAGCAGGCGCUGGCGGCCGGCAGCACGCGGGAGUACAGCACGACGCUGUGGCAGAGCUUCCACUUCAGCAACGCCACCAGCCUGCGGGCCGGGCUCUCCUUCACGCUGGCCGUGGAGGCCAGCAACGUAUUCACGGUGCAGAAGGGCCGCAGCGAGUCGUGCACGCGGAGGGAGCGCAGCGAGGUGGCCCUGCCCGCCAAGGUCCCCCCGCGCACGCAGCUCACCAUCCACGUGCUGCGCAAGGAGGUGACGCUGUCGGUGCCCGUGCUGCUCACCAUCACACAGAACGAGGCGGUGCGCACCGAGAUGGGGGAGUAUCGCAGCGUGUCGGGCACCAACAUCUGUGCACGGUUCAGCAUGAGGCCGCUGCCCGCCGCGGGCACCAGUAAGGAGGAGCAGUCGGGGGCUGCGGCGGGCACUGAGCAGGGGAUGGGGAGGGUGGCGGCCAUAGGGAUAGAGCCAGGGGAUGACGUGGAGCAGGUACCCACCAGGUGCUGA